AUGUCUAAUGUUAUAUGUAAAGAAGAUGGUUGUAAUCAAUUGAUUGUUGCUAAAUGUAUGCAUUGUGAUAAUCAUCUAUGUUUAAAAUGUUUGACACGACAUCAACAACCAAUUGAUGCUCAACUUUGUCAACUGACUAAUAAUAUGAAUAAGUUAUUAUCGUUAUCAUCAUUAAAUGAUGAUCAUAAACAAUUUAAUCAUCUUCAAACAAAUAUCAAUAAACAAUAUAUGUUAGUAAUGGAACAAAUUGAUCUAUGGGAAAUGACAAUGACUAAAAGAUUGAAUGAUUUAAUUUCACAUGUUCGUCAUAAACUACGAAAUUCAUUUGAACAAAUUUCUUUUGAAAUUGAAGAAUGGUCAACAGAAAAACAAAUUGAAUUGCAACAAUUAACAGCAGAUAUUGAACAAUUAUCACUUAAAGUAAAUGAUGAAUCAAAUAUACGAAUCGAAAUCGAUACAUAUAAUCGACAAAUUCAGAAAUAUAUUAAAGAAUAUGAAACUGCUCAUGUUGAAUUAAAUCUUAUUAAUAAUGAAUUAAUUCCAUUGUCAUCAUCAACAACUUUAGAAUUAUUUUCUUUAUUUGAACAUUCAAUAAAUUUUGAUCUAUCAUUAAUUCAUGAUCCACCAAAUGUUUGUUUUGAUGUUUCAAAAUCAUUAUCAUCAUCAUCAUCAUCAUCAUCGAAUUCAAUCAAUAAUCGUCGAGAAAAAAUCUUUUUACCAAGUAUUUUAAUUAGUUCACAAAAUCGAAUUAUUUUAUUUUCAAAUAAAAUUAAACAAUUAAAUAUUUUUUCAAAUAAUGGAACUCUUAUUGAUCAAUUUAAAUGGAAUCAUACUGAUAUUAUUGAUAUUUGUUAUGAUUAUUGUUCAUCAACAUUAAAUGAUGAUUCAUUUUUUGUUCUAUCAACAAAUGGUAGUGUUUAUUAUCUUGAAUAUCAUUUUGAUCAACAUUCAUAUUCAUGGUUAAAAAUGAUUACUGUUAAUAAUCAAACAUAUUAUACUCAAUUAAUAUAUGAUUCAAAAUUAUCUUAUUUAUAUCUAUUUAUGUCAAGUAAACAUCGUCUUGAUCAAUGGACAAUUAAUAAAUCAAAACGUAAUAUAAUUCAUUGUUCAAAUCAAUUAAUUAUAACUAAUGAUCAUGUUGAACAUUUAUGUACAUCUGAUCAUCAAUUAGCUUUAUUAUUACGUAAUAAAAAGAAAAUAGUAAAUUAUCGUAUUGAACUACGUGAUUUUACUGAUUUACUUGUAACAAUAUAUUCAAUAACACUUGAUCAAUUAUCAAGACCGAUGAGAAUUAUUUUCGAUAAUCGUCAUGGAUUUAUUUUAGUUAAUGGUAAUCAAUUGUAUUCAUUUGGAUCUGAUGGUGAAAUUAUUUCAAAACGUAUUUUUGAAGAUAUUAAUGAAAUUAAACGAGCAACUUUUUGUCAACGAUCAACUUUUGUUAUUCUUACUGAUAAUGAUCAACUUUUAUUUUAUAUACUUUCAAAAUAA